AUGGCGUUUACGGUGCUGAAUGAGUGCUUCAUCUUCUCCUGUGACCUCAAGUCCAUUCUCGGCGGCGGUUGCGGAAAGAACGGCUCGACGGUCGCUGGCACCUCAAUUCUCUCGCCAAUCAUUCCGAUUCUCCUGGUGUUCUCCUUUACGCUGAUCAUCUACACCAAAUCGACGACCAAUGUCUUUGUCGACCACGUGGCGCUGUACAUUAUCACCUUUGGCUUUGUGGCCGCCAAGAUUACCAACAAGUUGGUGGUGGCCCACAUGAGCAAGAGUGAGAUGUCGAAGAUUGACACCAUCUUCAUUGGUCCGCUCAUGUUGUUCUUCAACCAGUACUUUAACUUUUAUUUUGACGAGUACCUCAUGUUGUGGCUGGCAUUUACCUACAUUCUCAUUGACUUCAUCUACUUCAGCUACUCGACCUGUCGUCAGCUGGCGGACUUUCUGAACAUUUACAUUCUGAAGAUCAACGAGCCAUCAGACGGCAGUAGUAGUGGUGGUGCUGGUGGUGGUGGUGGCAUUGGUGGCGGUGGUCCUUCG